AUGGCUCCGGGACCUGCUGCCCUAUUCAUCUUGACCCUGCUCAUCAAAGGCCUGAUCACUCCUGCUGCUGACACCUGCCCAGAAGUGAAAGUCCUGGAUCUGGAUGGUUCCAACAAACUCACCAUCCUUCGAGGCUGCCCUGGUGGGCCCGGAGCUGUGGGGCCCAAGGGAGAAGCAGGGGCCAAAGGAGAUAGAGGAGAGAACGGCCUCCCUGGACACCCUGGAAAGGCAGGACCAACUGGACACAAAGGUAACAUACAAGGAGAGAAGGGAGUACGUGGAGAGAAAGGAGACACCGGGCCAUCUCAGUCGUGUGCUACAGGACCUCGGGCUUGCAAGGAAUUGCUCACCCUGGGCCACUUUCUUACUGGCUGGUAUACCAUCUACCUGCCAGAUUGCAGGCCUCUGACUGUGCUGUGUGACAUGGACACUGAUGGCGGGGGCUGGACCGUCUUCCAGAGGAGGCUCGAUGGCUCUGUGGACUUCUUUCGGGACUGGGCCUCAUACAAGCGUGGCUUCGGCAGUCAGCUGGGGGAGUUCUGGCUGGGAAAUGACAACAUCCACGCCCUAACCACCCAGGGAACCAGUGAGCUACGAGUGGAUCUUGCAGACUUCGAAGGCAAGCAUAACUUUGCCAAGUACAGCUCCUUCAAGAUCGAGGGAGAGGCCGAGAAAUACAAGCUCGUCCUGGGAAAUUUUGUUGGAGGUGGUGCUGGUGACUCCCUGACUUCCCAAAACAACCAAUUUUUCACUACCAAAGACCAAGACAAUGACCAGAGUUCUUCCAACUGUGCGCUGAGUUACCGUGGAGCCUGGUGGUACAGUGAUUGUCACCAUUCCAACCUGAAUGGCCUCUACCUCAGGGGGCCCCAUAAGAGCUACGCAAAUGGUGUCAACUGGAAGUCGUGGGGAGGGUACAACUACAGCUACAAGGUUUCUGAGAUGAAGGUGCGCCUCACCUAGCUCCCACCACAGGAAGGACCUUCCAUCUUCAUUACCAGCUAAGGAAGAAAUGUGCCCACCCUGCCCUGCUCUGCCCUUUACCCACAGUCCACACAGCCUGUGACCUCCAGGACAGCCUUCCUCGUAUACUUACAUUUGCAUUCCAAAGGAAGAAUUGCAUUCCCCAAAGCUGCUUGUUCUCUGACAGACAUGUGUCUGUGGGUGUUCUGUGUGACUUUUUAGACUUUCGCCACAUCUGUAUCAUCCAGCAGAGCUGUCUAUGACCUUGACAGUCAGGAAGAGUUGGAAAGCCCAUUUAUAAAUGCAGACCAAUGCCUGCUUCCCUAGGGCCACCUGCCUCUGACCCUCAGCUCUGCCACUACCAUAAGUGACCUGUCCCCAUCCCAGCCCCAUGUUCCCUUAUAGCUCACUCACAGCAAUUUACAUGUCCAUCAAAAGGUCACCUGGGGCUAGGAAAUGUUCAUAAGAGGUUGGGAGCAUGCAGAACCCCUUCUGCUUGCUAUGUAAAUGUUUCUGUGAGCCAGCAGCUUCCCAUGAAUAGCAGAUGUGGGGAGCACUGACCACAGGGCCAGCAGUACCUGAGGAGAAGAUGAAGAGGAGCCUGCCUCACCCAGGACACAUCUCCUCUCCAGAACCUCAAUUCUAAUUGACAGAAGUGAGUGGGAGUUUCUGGGGGAAAGGAGAGGUACUCCUCAUAGACUAGGGCUAGUUUCUCCCUAGGACUCAGGGGGUCUGAGCAGGAGGAAGAGAGAGGUGGGUAUGCCCCAUUCAAACUAGACCAUCGGCUUAUGAGGCACAAAGAGGAAGGAAUUAAGGGCCCAGAAGGAUAGAAUUCCUCUACACAUUCAUGUUCAGCCCUAUACCUCUGCUUCAACCGACACCCACACAUUUAAUGGCUUAAAACAACAGGACCCAUUACCUACUGUUCCCAAGAUAAUAAGACUUGUAGAGGUCCAGCUGGCCAAAGUCAAGACACUGGUGUGCCUUCCUCCUGAUGCCUGCCAUGGGGCCUGGCUCCCAGCCCCUCCAGCUUCCCGGGUACCCUGACUGCCUUUUCUGUCGUUCCUUUGUCCAGCUUUAAAGUCAGCAACAGUGUAUCAGUCUGACCUACUGCUGUCUGUCACCUGGAAUGGGUCUCCAUUUCUGACUGGAGUUAGAUAGUCUGCUUAGAAAUGCCUCACAGGUCUUGGGGAGUCACACAGCCAAGUUUCUCUCUGGAAACUGUUUACAGGUUCUGGGCAUCAGGCAAAAAGUCUUCAGCAGAGGACAUAUUACCCUGUCCACAACAUCCUAUUAAAAACAAACAAACAGAA